UUGGAGUGGCCGGACGCGUUCGACGAACGGUACUACGAUGACGACGUGGACGCGCGCUCCGGGCGGCCGCAUGCGCUGCGGGCGGCCGCUGUCAUGGUGAACAGCAGUGCCGGCCGCACCGCUCUCGCUGGCACCGGGCACUACCAUCACCACCACCACCAUCACCACCUGCAGCCGCAGCCGACCGGCAACCUACUGCACCACCACCACUACCUGCACCACUUCAACCACAGCAGCGUGUACUACCGCGGCCGCGCGCACCCGCAGCGCCGGCACAACAUUCACCACCACCUCGCGGACAAGACGUCCUACUAUCACCACAACCAUCACCACCACCGGGGCCAGUCACCGUCGUCGCCGCCGCCGCCGUCGUCGCCGUCCUCGUCCGACCGGCCGCUCUACAGACGGGUGUACAACUUCAUCCGGCAGGCGUGGACCGGCGUCAAGUUCUCUUUAGAUUCCGAAUUUGAUGAUUUAGAAACACCGCCCAGAUACAGGCCCGAAAGCGUACAAUACUUUUGCCGGACAACGGGUUUCACGGAAUCGGAAAUCAAAAAAAUUUACCGCAAUUUCAAGACGGAAUGCCCGACCGGUCUUAUCAAAGAAGACGCGUUCCGCGGCAUUUACUCGCAGUUCUUCCCUCAAGGAGCCAACAUAAGUCAAUACGCUCACUAUGUCUUUCAAUCGUUGGACCACGAAAGAAACGGCAUUCUAAACUUUGAGGACAUGGUGCAGGGCCUGUGGACGCUGUCCCGGGGAUCGGUGGACGAUAAGCUCCGGUGGGCGUUCACGCUAUACGACCUGGACGGUGACGGGCAAAUUUGUCGGGACGAGAUGACGCGCGUCGUGACAGCUAUCUACGAACUGAUGGGCAAAUUCGCCGAACCGUGGCUCAAGGACGGCACGACGGUGGCCGCACACGUAGAUUUCGUGUUCCAGAAAAUGGACCUCAACCGAGACGGGGUGGUGUCAUUCGACGAGUUCAUGGAAACCUGUAAAAACGACGAGAACAUAACCCGUGCAAUGAUCUCAAUGUAGAUGAGAGAUAUCGUAAAUAUAGAUGAUCCGUAUGAUACAUACCGUGGAUGUCGUUUUACAAUAAAAUUAUACCCGAAAAACCGAUGGGCGAUUACGGUCGGACGACAUAAAAUCGACAGACAUCAUCCAAACGAUGAACAGUAGUAAUUAUAUUAUACCUACGAAGUAUAAUAUUUAUUUUAUUUUUUUGCUAAAACUUUUUUUUUGACAUAUUGUACGAUUGAAUUCAUUUUUUAUUUUUUUCCUCAACGCUAUCUGUAAAAAAAAGGUUUAUAAUUUUCAAAACAGACGGAGAAAUAUAAUAUAGUGUAUUAUAAUAUUAUUAUUAUUUUAUGUUGGGUUCCAUGUAUGAGACGCCAGUCAUGUAAUAUAAAUAACAUAAUAUCGUAAUAAAUAAUAGUCGGUGUAUACAACUUUUUCGAAACAAAUUCCGUGCAUACAAGUUAGGUGUCAAAAUGCCACUCAAUGUGAUUCCAUGUGAAAUGCCAUCGUAUUCAUUUUUUUCUUUUCUUUUUAAUAUACUUCGUCAAAAUAAUAUAACAUAAUAUAGUAAGUUAUAUUAUAAUAACACUAUUGUGUGUACUAUUUAAUGUACGUUUUUAACGAUACAAUAUUUAUACGUUACUUAUACACCGUUCAUAGACAAAUAUCUCGACUCCGGUGGAACAGGGUAAUAAUAAGAAUAUUCACGAUAAUGCCGCACAUGAUGCAGAGAAACUAUAGACUAGAUGUUAUAGUAGAUAGAUAAUAUUAUGAUGGGUUUAUCGAGUAAUAUACAGAAUGAUUUACGAAGCAUACACUUUCUUGUCUCUUCAAUAAUGCAAUUAUUUUAAAUCUAUUUUUUAUAUUUUUAAAUAUACGAGUACUUCAAGACCACAUUUUAAAAUUUUUUUAAGAUUUUUUUUUAAGUAAUAAGACCUGAUGGAUUUCUGUGGAGAUACAACAUUUUGUUUUGAGUUAUUUGAUAUUAUA